AUGACCUCUCCAUCCGGUCUUCCUUCCGGCCUUCCUUCCGAUACUCCUGCAGAACAUCAAUUGGCAGACAUGACUUACGCACACGGACGAAAGUCCAGUGAGAUCGUACAGGAUGUCACUGUCCCUGCGCAUCUACUUCGGGCCACUGGCAACCUUGGAUCCAAACGCGACAAGACGUAUACCUCACAUGGAACAUGGGAGCCUCAAGCAGAGAACCCUUUCCUCGAUCCCAACGGCAUAGGAAGCAUACGUCGUCGACCAACUCAGGACUCAGGCUUACACCGAAAUGGCACCCAACGCUCUACCAAUCUCGAACGCACAGAGACGCAGGGCGAACGCAGGAGGAGUAAUCGAUUCUCUUGGUUCAGUAACACUGGUCCCAAAAGAAUGUCGCAGCAAAGCGGGGUACUACCAUCACCAACAGAGGAAAACAUCAGACCCUUCAGGACCCUUUCUUACAUCCCCGGGUCAACGGACGUUCUAGCUCUCAGUCCUCGAGGCAGUCGUGCACCAUCGCCCAACUCUCUCAACAGGACUACGACUGCGUCGUCAAAGUGGUCGAAUGAGGACCCUUUCGCGACCAGGCCCAACUCGAUCAAAGACAAUCCUUUCGCAACACAGAACAACUCUUACCGGAAUUCAACAGCCUCCUUGCCUCAGGAACCUGAAGCUGCACACCAGGGUGGUCGGCCCCGGAAAGGGACUCUAGAGUCCGUUGUUGAUGCCAUGGUCCCCAACGCUCUCCAGCGGAAGAUGACCAAUGCCUCUUACUUCAAGAGGAGUGAGAUGUUUGGUACUUACGAAAAGGCGAAGCAAAAAGGACAAGAGAUUCAGCGAAAGAAGUGGGUGCAGUACACCUUCGAGUACGCCAUCUACCUCUUCCUGAUACUCUUCGUCUACUUUGUUCUUAUCGGAAUUCCGCUCUGGAAGGGUGCUGUGUGGUGGCUCUACUGGGUCGUGGCCACAAAGUUUGUCAUCGCUGGUGGUUUCGGUAUCGUGCUUGGAAUAGCGCUAUUCUACGCAUUCGCUCCUCUGCUCAUCCUCUUCGAGAAGGACCCGCCCCCUGCCGACUACACCACAGAGACCAAGAUCCAGUCCAAUGUUUCCGACACCUGCCUUAUGAUCCCUUGCUACAAGUCUGCUGGACUCAUUGCCAACACACUCGAGGCCGCUUUGAAGAUCUUCCCUCCAUCGCAUAUCUUUGUCAUCGCCAACGGUAACAGCCCUACACCUCUCGACAACACGGAAGAAGUGUGCCGCCCAUACGGCGUGAACCACAUCUGGUCGCCCAUCGGAUCAAAGAUUGUCGCUCAGUUCGUCGGUUGCUACGCUGCGAAGGCUUUCAAGAACGUAUUGCUCAUCGACGACGACUGCGCACUGCCCGAUAACUUCCCGGUUGUUACUGAACGUCUAGUUGGCAAGGUCCAGUGCAUUGGCUACACCAUCAAAUCCGUCGGACCAAAUGGGUCAAAGGGCAACCUUUGCCAACAAGCCCAGGAUCUCGAAUACAAGCUCAGUGGUAUCCAGCGCGAGUUUGCUGGUAAGAUUGGUUCUGCCACCUUCCCCCACGGUGCCAUCUCCCUUUGGGACCGCGAACUCCUCGUCAAGACUUUCCACGAACACCCCGGUUUCAGUGUCUCUGAAGAUUGGUUCUUCGGUCACGUUGCCCGCAAACUCGGAUGUCGCAUCAAGAUGUGCUCGCAGGUAUUUGUCGAAACCGAAACACCUACCGCUGUCUUCAUCUCUGGCGGUGGCUCUCGUGGUGGUUUCGGCGAGAUGACCAUCUUCUCGCAACGCUUCAAGCGAUGGAACUUCUUCUUCGUCAACGGAAUGUACUACAACAUGGCCUAUAUCUUUGGUAGCUGGAAGCUCGGCUGGUGGGAGAUUGGCGCAAAGAUCUUCGUCUUCCAAGAGGUCUACGAAACUCUGCUCUACCUCCUCACACCCUUCAUCCUACCAAUCUCGUUCUACGUCCGCCCCUCGUUCUGCGGUUAUCUCCUCGCCGCCACCGUCGUCAUGUACCUCAUCAACAGCGUCCUCUUCAACGAAGUCCAUCUCCGCCGCAAGGGCGAGCGCGUUGGCUGGGUGCUCAUGUACGUGUACUACCUACCGUACAAGAUGGUCUUGACUGUCAUCAACGUCGCCAGCUGCUACUGGUCACUCUACAAGUACGCCCGCUACUUCGCCAAGCGUCAUCCCAAGGUCAUCGAAGACGAAAAGGCUGUCGAGGUCGUCAUCCGCCUUGAGGAAGAACAAGCCAGCCCAGAAUGUGGUCUCGGUCGACGCAUGACGGUGCGCACCAUCGGUACACGUGGCAGCAUAGACGAAGGCGACGACCACGACGACGGUGUUUCACCAAUGGAUCGCGUCGAGACGGGUGGUGGUGCUUACGCCAUCGUCACAGAGCCCGAGCACGCCCACUCCCCUGGCCUGCAACCACCUCACCACGUCAGCACAACGCGCCCCAGCAGCCCUCUGCUACGAAGUGAGGGUGUUGUCGCUCGUGACUACUUCGCCAUGCAACAAACAACGCCUCCCGCAGAUACAAAUGUCGACGUGGAGAAGCAAAACCAUCAGUGGAUCUGA